AUGCCAGGUGCUGACACGAUGACAGCUAGCAAGGCAGCCGACGUGAGCAGCAAGUCUGAAAACGGUGUCUGCAAAUCCAUUGAGAGGGUCAAGCUUGCAAGUAAAAAUAAUAGAAACACUGUGAAGGAAUUAGAAAGACUUUGGUUUGGGUCUUCAAGUGAAAAUUAUUCUGAAGGUGCCAGUUUCACGCUGAGUCUAGGACCUAAAGCUGAACAAGUUUCUUCUGUGGUGAAAAGCCCAUUGAAAUCACUGGAGAACUUGAUGCUGGAUCCAAGGCUAGACUGCUUUCAGCAGAACAUGCUGAGUCCCAAAAUGAUUAUCAGUGACCAAUCUGUGGAUCUUACUGUCAAGGAGAGCAGCAAAAUCAUAAGGAGACAGAUAGGAGGCCCUCAGAAUUUACAGUCAGCUGGGAAAGUCAGUUUGAGGAAUAAGCCCUUCAGUAUCAAGGACAAGAUUUCCGAGUGGGAAGGGAAAAAGGAAACACCUUCUCCUCUGGUCAGUCGGAAGGAGGAAGAGCAAGGAGUUAAAGAGGAGCACAAGAUGCCAUGUGUGGUGGAGAAGAUGAGUGGGGAAGUUUUGGGGCCUAGGAAAGUGGACACCAAGAGACUUAUAACCUGGGAGUUGGAAUGCAAAGGGAUAGGCAAAGAGAAUGAAAGAAGAGUGGGCACUUCAAAGAGCAUGGGGCAGGGAACAGAGAGGAAAGUGGAAAUGCAGGAGAAGGAAGAGGAGGUUGAUUUCAGUGUUGGAAAAUGCAAGGAGGUGAAAGGUGGUAAGUGGGAGGUCCAGAAAGAGAACCUUUCAGUACUGACUCAGGUCAAGAAACUGGAGCAGGCCUUGAAAGAAGGAUCAGCAGAAUUGCAGCCACAGUUGCCAGGUACUUAUUAUUCCCCACACUGUCUGCAGGAGAAGGCAGAUGAGGGACAAACCUUCCCAGAGGACCAGGAAGGUGUAUGUGGCUCUGAACUCAAUCAGAGGCUCCUCAGCUUAGACUCAGAAAUCAGUGAGCCCAUUUUUGGGACUCUGGAAGAGGUGAAAGCAUCUCAAGUGAAAUGCAAGGAUCACAGCGUGGAGAAUGUGUACACAGAACCAGGGAUACCGGAGAAGAAACCCUUCAUCAACCCACUUCCAAAGCCCAGGCGAACUUUCAAACAUGAGGGAGAAGAGGGAUGGAUUCCGGCAGCUAGAAAUAAGAGAAACUUGCCCCCUCUGCCAUCUAUACCUCCCCCUCCUCUCCCUUCUUCUCCUCCCCCAUCAGCUGUCAGCAGAAGACUAUGGAAUGGGAAACAUAAGAAUAAUGCUGACCACAGGAAGUCCUAUGAGUUUGAAGACUUGCUGCAGUCGUCGUCCGAGAAUGGCAGGGUGGAUUGGUAUGCUCAGACCAAGCUGGCCCUCACACGCACUUUAUCUGAGGAAAACGUCUAUGAAGACAUUCUGGAUCCACCAUCGAAGGAAAACCCCUAUGAAGACAUUGAGAUGAACAGCCGCUGCCUGGGGAAGAAAUGUGUCCUGACUUUCCCAGCAUCCCCCACCUCCUCUGUUCCUGGCACGCCCUCCAAGUUGCUUUCCAAACCCAUUUUCUUUCGACAAAACUCAGAGCGGCGGAGUUUCAAACUGCUGGACAUACGGAAACUGAGUCGUGACGGUACUGGGUCCCCUUCCAAAAUCAGCCCUCCCUCUACCCCCAGCAGCCCAGAUGAUACCUUCUUCUCCCUGGGAGAUUCUCAGAAUGGCAAGAGGAGAAGGAAGAUUCCCAAGCUGGUAUUGAAAAUCAACGCCAUUUAUGAGGCCCGAAGGGGGAAGAAGCGCGUCAAGAGGCUGUCCCAGUCUACGGAGAGCAAUUCAGGGAAAGUUACAGAUGAGAACAGUGAAUCGGACAGUGACACUGAAGAGAAACUGAAAGCUCACAGCCAACGGCUGGUACAUGUGAAGUCCCGCCUGAAGCAAGCCCCACGGUACCAAACCUUGGAGCGGGACUUGAUCGAGUACCAAGAGAGGCAGCUGUUUGAGUACUUCGUCGUGGUAUCACUGCACAAGAAACAGGCUGGGGCUGCAUAUGUCCCUGAAGUCACCCAGCAGUUUCCAUUAAAGCUCGAGCGUUCCUUCAAAUUCAUGCGAGAGGCAGAGGAUCAGUUGAAAGCCAUUCCCCAGUUUUGCUUCCCCGAUGCUAAAGACUGGGCGCCCAUCUACCAAUUUGCCAGUGAGACCUUCUCCUUUGUCCUGACUGGUGAGGAUGGAAGUAGACGGUUUGGAUAUUGCAGAAGGCUACUGCCCAGUGGGAAAGGGAAGCGUCUCCCUGAAGUUUACUGCAUUGUGAGCCGCCUUGGAUGCUUCAACCUCUUCUCUAAGAUCUUGGACGAGGUUGAGAAAAGACGGGGGAUUUCCCCUGCUUUGGUGCAGCCUCUCAUGAGGAGUGUCAUGGAAGCUCCUUUCCCUGCGCUGGGCCGGACCAUCACCGUCAAGAAUUUCCUACCAGGCUCAGGGACUGAAGUAAUUGAGCUGCGGCGGCCUCUAGACUCGAGACUUGAGCAUGUUGAUUUUGAGUCCCUGUUCUCCUCUCUCAGCAUCCGGCACCUGAGCCGAGUGUUUGCGUCCCUGCUUCUGGAGAGAAGAGUGAUCUUUAUAGCAGACAAACUCAGCACCUUGUCGAAGUGUUGUCAUGCCAUGGUGGCUCUCUUCUACCCCUUCACCUGGCAGCACACCUACAUCCCCGUGUUGCCGCCUUCCAUGAUUGACAUUGUGUGCUCACCAACCCCAUUCCUGAUUGGCCUGCUCACCAGCUCACUGCCCCGCCUCAAGGAGCUACCGGUGGAAGAGGUCCUUGUGGUUGACCUCGUUAAUAACCGGUUCCUCAGACAGAUGGAGGACGAGGACUCCAUCCUGCCUCGGAAGCUGCAGGCGGCGCUAGAGCACAUCCUGGAGCAGAGGAAUGAGCUGGCUAGCGACAAGGAGGAGGGCUCUCUGAAUGGCAGACACGAGUCCAGCCCCUUGAACGAAGUGGUGUCUGAAGCCUUUGUUCGUUUCUUUGUGGAGAUCAUGGGCCACUACUCCCUGUUCCUGACCCCCAGCGAGCGAGAGGAGCGGACCCUACAGCGGGAGGCCUUCCGCAAGUCUGUCUCCUCCAAGAGCCUUCGACGCUUCCUGGAGGUCUUCAUGGAAACCCAGAUGUUUGGGGGAUUCAUUCAGGAACAGGAGCUGCGGAAACAGGGGGUCAAAGGUCUGUUUGAGGUACGUGCCCAGGAGUACCUGGAAACGCUCCCCAGUGGAGAGCAGAGUGGAGUCAAUAAAUUCCUGAAAGGACUCGGUAGCAAAAUGAAAUUCCUCCACAAGAAAUAA